UACAACAAUGAAAACAGUUAUUGAUUUCAGCGGUUAUUAUAAUUUUGGAAAUAAAUUUAUAAUAAGAGAAUUUCGUUUGUGUCGAUUAGUUAAUUUGACAGUAACAUAUGGCCCAAUCAUAGUUGUUAAAGAUCCAAUGAUUUCUGUUCUGUCGCCUCCGGACACUAAUAGUUACAAAAAUUUUAUUGAUAAAUUCGGUAUCAUAGAAACUCAUAGUUCAUAUCCAUUAUAUCGAUUACGUAAAAAAUUGAAAAAAGUGAUUAAUGCACACAGUAGAAUUUACGUGCGAAAUGGUCAGCAAUUAAUUAAAUUGAUAAGUUUUAUCGAUGACAGCAACUUCAAUUGUAAUGAAAUAAAAUUAAUGAGUGAUUUAGGUUUCAAUGAUGAUUACGAAUUGACUGAAACAAAUUGUCCUCAUCAUAUUAAUAAAUCAAAUAAUUAUUGCGCGAGUGAUAAUGCUAAAUUAAUGGCUGAUUGGUUAAUAAAACGUAAAGUAAAUAAAAUAAAUUUACGUACAAAUAUGCAAUUAGUUAUCUAUUUCACUGGUUAUUAUGAUCAUGAUAGUGAAUUAAUAAUUAAAGAACUGAGUAUUUACGGAUUAAGUAAUGAUGGCAAUAUUAUUUAUCAUAAAUUAUAUGUUACUAAGCCGGCAAAUUAUUUAUCUAGUUCUAUGAAUGAAAUUGUUAAAAAUCAAUUCAAUGAUAUUCAUUAUGAUAAUUUCGGAAUCAAGUAUGAAGAUGGUAACUAUGAAUUGUUUCGUAUAAAUGAAAAAAUUAUUAAAGUUUUAAAUCAUCAUGAUAUUAAAAUAAUUUAUGUUAAAAAUUUGGAUUAUUUCAAUCUAUUGAGCAAAAUUGUUCCAAAUAUUAAACGAUUUGACGUCAUUUCUUUGGAAGAGUGUAAUUAUGUGGAAAAUAAUGAUAUUAAAUUCAUCUGUCAGUAUCAUACGCAUGAGGACAGUAAUAAAAAUAUAUGUGCGGAUGAUAGCGGAAUUAAUAUGGUUAAUUGGAUAGUAUCUAAUGAGUUUUAUAAAUAUGAGGUUAGGAAUCGGUUGUGUGAAACGAAAUUAAAUGAUAAUAUUGAUGAUGACUUGGUUAAUCAAUUUAUAAUAGAUGAUAAUAAUGAAUUACCGUUACUUAAUUCUGAUGAUUUGGAAUGGUUAUAAAAUGAUUUUGAUGAUUUAUGAAAAAUGAAUCAUAAUGACGAAGUUA